AUGCAGAUUAUUGCUGAGGCUAAGAAGGAAGCCGCUAAGCUUUUGGCAGUCUUCCCCUGUGUUCUUACACCUGUAGCUGUCUUUAACAAAACCGGGCCUAUUGUCAUUGGUGUUGAUGUCAAAGAAGGAAAUCUCAGAUUACAUACACCUAUUGCAGCUGUCAAGAAGAAUUCAGUCACUGGUGCUAAGGAAAUCAUUGGUAUUGGUAGAGUCACAUCUAUCGAACGUGACCACAAGCAAAUCGACAUCUGCAAGAGAGGACAACCAUCUGUCGCCAUCAAAGUCGAAAUGGGCAGUUCUCAACCGGCAUAUGGUAGACAUUUGGAAGAAGAGGAUACAUUGUAUUCAUUGAUUAGUAGACAGAGUAUCGACACACUGAAGGAAUUCUACAGGAGCGAUGUCAGUAAAGAUGAGUGGGAACUCCUCAGAAAGUUAAAACCACUUUUUGAUAUUCCUUGA